AUGGCCUCAUAUGGAAAGCUCAAACCGGUCAGCGACAACUCAAAUGAGAACUUACUGAGCUUUUUUCCUUCCAAGUCAAAAGGAACACAAAGGACAUCUCUUAAAGUACUUCAGCCUUCUGCAGCAAAUAAAGAGUUGGGAAGAGCAUCACAGGGAUCGAAGUUCAUUCCCAAGCGAAAACAGUGGGUUCCAGAUCAAAUCAAAGGUCCAAAGAGGGUGAAGGUUGAAGUAAAAUCUACUCAAACUGAACAUCAUGAGUCUACACACACCGAGACAAAUGAGGCGUAUGAACUAAUGGUCAAAGAAACCCCACCCUCUAUGUACUGGAAAGAGGUGGCAGAGGAAAGGCGUAAAGCCCUGUAUAAUGUUCUACAAGAAAAUGAGAAGCUCCACAAAGAAGUCGAGACAAAAAAUUGUGAAAUUUUAACGCUUCAGAGUGAGAAUGAAGAGUUGCAAGAACUGGCACAACACGUUCAGUACAUGGCUGACAUGAUAGAGAGACUGACUGGGAAGAGCCCGGAUAAUCUUGAACAACUCCGAGACCUUGCCCUUGAAGCUGAAGCGUGUUUGGGGGAGGAGGCUCAGGAUUCACUUGAACAAACUGAAAAUGCAGAGGAAGAUGAAGAAUCGAGUGACUCUGAAUACUUGAACCAAAGUGACGUGGAGGAUCCAUCUGACGAGGAGUCUGAACCCGAGGCUUCACAUGAGCAGGAAUAA